CCAAACAAAGAAACCAGUCAGUAUUUAGACGAGCUGGUGUUCGUUCAUUAUGUUGUAAAACGUUCACGACGUGUACACAGUACCAGAAAAAAUAAUUGUCAAUCUUUUCCAUCUUAUUCAGAUUUAUUCAUUAGAAAUAAAUGAAUUUCAAUUGACAUUGUUUCUGAAUAAUAUUAUAAGUUAUUUUGAUAAAUGUCAAUGCGCAAAGAGAACAAUAUUUUACUUCCAUUUAUCCAUCUGCUAGUUUUCUCUACUAGAGUGUGUAUUUUUAACGAAUGAUUUUAUAACGAAAAUUUCGGAGUGCAAAAAAGGAAUUCUUUCAUUUAAAUCACAGCAAAUGUCCUGAACAUGCCGUCAUUACUAGAGGCACUGGAACUGAAAUACGGUAGUUCAACGGCAGAAUGUUCAUUGACAGACGAAGAGGCGGAAUCUGGUUCGCCGAAAACUGCACUCUCCGUCAGUAUUUUUAUUCCAAAAAAAUCACCACGUCAUACGGUGCCUGCUCUAUUGGUAUUGCAAGAUUGCGAUAUUGAAUCUGCCGGCAAUGAUGAUGAAAAGCUACGCAAUAAAUGUAAAAAUGUCGAAGAACUUGACCUCGCUCAAAAUAAAUUCUCCCAAUGGAACGAAGUCUUUGGAAUAUUACAACACAUGCCGAAAAUAAAAUUCGUCAAUUUGAGUUUCAACUAUUUAUCAAAAGAAUUAGAAAUCAAAGACGGUAAUUAUGAGCAUUUGAAAAAUCUCGUUCUCAAUGGAACACGCGCAUCUUGGACCACAGUUCAAGGCCUUAUUAAACUCCUGAAAAAUUUAGAAGAACUCCAUUUAUCACUAAAUGAAUAUAAAAAUGUCCAUCUCGAACAUGACAAUCAAGAGAAUCAAAAUUCAUUAGUGAAAAAAUUACAUUUCACCGGUAAUCCAAUUGAACAUUGGUCGGAAAUAUUGAAACUCGGCUAUAGCUUUCCACAUUUAGAGAGUCUUGUCCUAGCCGAAUGUCCAAUUGCGUCAUUAAAUAUAUCACACGAAUGUUGUAAUUUAAUUGAUGAGAAAAAUAGUUCCAAACAAGAGCAACCGGUUCUCGAUGUCAGUGAAGAUGAAACAAAUAUGAAUCAAUCGGCAAAAUCAGACUAUAAUCAACAAUAUUUAUUGGAGAAUGCGCCGUUUGUUCAAAAUUCAACAUAUAAUAAUAUUGAGCAGGAGAGAAAUUUUAGUUCUCUCGAUAAAGCAUCUCAUGAUUCUUUUAGAAUGCUAAAAUUUCUUAAUGUCAAUAAUACUCUUCUCGCCACGUGGAAUGACGUUGAGAAAUUAGCCAAAUUUCCCGCACUCAAAUCUCUCAGAAUGCAAAAUUGUCCUCUGUUCGAGAGUCCUCAAGAGUACACGGAACAUGAAAGAAGACAAUUGUUGAUCGCGAGAUUGCCAAAUGUCGAAACACUAAAUGGAGGUGGAGUGAUUUCAUCUCAAGAGCGCGAAGAUGCGGAAAGAGCGUUCAUUAGAUAUUAUAUGGAAAAACCGGAAGCUGAUCGACCGGAAAGGUACGCUGAACUCAUCGGCAUUCACGGGAAGUUAGAUCCACUGGUGCAAGUUGACUUAACACCGGAAAAAAGAGUGAAAGUUACUUUUAUAUACGGAGAUCUUGUUGAGGUUCGAUCUGUGGACGUCUACCGAACCGUUUUCGAGUUGAAAACAAAACUCGAAUCUAUGGUGAAAAUAUCAGCAAACAAAAUGAGACUUUUCUAUGUUGACCAAGUGAUGAAAACACAACACGGCCCGGAAGAAAUGCUCUUUCCAAACAAACAACUUUAUCGAUACAACAUCAGAAAUGGAGAUGAGAUUAUUAUUGAUAGCAAAUUAAAUCGCUUUACAUCGUCAACCUCAAGUACGUGUUCUGUUCGUUCUUAAAAAGAGAAAACAAAAAUAACGCCAGAGGUGAUUAAAAAAAAAGAUUCCGAAGACCAUGGAAUUUAAUUCAAAUGGCUUAGUCUGAACUUUCAAAAUGCACAAUCAUUUUUGAUGGAUCAAACUAAUAAUUAUAAAUACAGAUUUAGAGAAAUCUUUAAAAAAAAAUUAUUAAUUAAGGAAUUUAAGUUUAAAAAUCAUUAAUUUAACAUUAAUUUUAUUGUUUUAAAGAAAAAAGAAAAUAAUAUUAAUGCAUAUAUUAUUAUAUAUGUAUACGGCUUUGACGUUCGUCGAAUCUCUAUAGAUUAUACGCCAUAAAUUUACUUACUACAUUAUACUAACCCAUCCAAUUAAUAACUAUGAAUUCAAUUAAAAUACAGUUUUUAAUAA